AUGGACAACAACCUCGAGGACUUCUCCCUCGAUCCGCAGCUGUUUACCUUGACGGACGACGAGAUGAAGGAAUUCCAAGAGGGUUUCCCCGUCGAGGGCGAUCUCAAAUCCACAGACGAGUAUAUGAACUCGGACUUCUCCGACUACGCCUUUGACGCCAAACCCACUACUGACAACGCUUUGCAGAUUGCACCAGCCCAAGCAGCCACUCCAGCCGCUGACGAGCCGCUUGCAGACAACUACGAUGCAGAUCUCGACUUGUGGUACAACAUUGCUACUCCUCGUGCACCGGGCGCUUCCUUCAAGCGCGGAAUCGGCUGGUACUACAAGGUCUCUCAAGGUCCAAACGGCACUUUGCACGUGCCUCAGUCUGCCUAUGCAUCGUCUUCGGCAUCUGGCUACAACACUCCAACGGCAAACCAAGGACCAUUCCCUUACCCAUAUGCCCAGCCACCUGCAGCUCCAACUUUGAAGGUCCCUCAACCUCGCCCCGGACCUACCUUUACCCCUCGCGGCCGAGGUAAAGCUGCUUUCAACAAUCCAGAGCGCCAAGACAGCAUCGAUCAAGCCUGCGUUUGCGCUGCAGCCCAGAAGAAGACCAAAGUCAAGCGUCCACGCAAUUGCUUCAUCCUCUACCGUGUCACUAACAGCGACCGCGUCGCCAAGGAACUGGGCAUCGUUGGUAAUCAGCAACUAAUCUCCAAGGCCGUCUCCGAGCGCUGGCACAACGAGACUGUAGAGGUGCGGAGACAGUAUACGCAACUUGCUACGCAAGAAGCCGAAAACCAUAGAAUUGCAAACCCCGACUACGUCUUCCGGCCGGGCAAGGCCCAGGCGCUCAAGUUCGGUACCCCUGACUGUACUUGCGGCGCCUACGAAGCCAACGUUGCGUACAACAGCGCUACGAAGAAGGCACAGCGUGCUCUUGAUCGAGCUCGGAUGGCCGAGGCCGAGGCUGAGAGUGAGACUGAAGUACUUCCCACGUACGAUCCCGUCAGCUACCAGACUGGCUCGAAGCGUAAGAUGUCUUUCGAGAAGCAGCAAGAAUUCUCACCUCGUGCUUCCAAGCGUCCAAUGCGCUCUACGCGCAGCUCAACGAAAUCCUACCGCGAUGCGGACGAGGAUGCCUUUUCCCCAGGUGAGUACUAGCCAAGCCACAAAUGCUUGAAUUACGCUCCCACUGACACUCCUUUUUAGCCGUCUCCUCUCCUGAGAAGUACGCUACUCCUGCCCCUGCCCCUGCCCCAGUUCGCAUUCCAAGCCUCGUUCUUCCCCCCAUGCGUCGCUACACCCCUCCCCAAGCAGUCAUGACUACUCCUACAGCUCCCGCGGCUGUCGAGGAUGGUCCAGCACAGCAUACUCGUGCCGCUGAGCGUCGUAGCAUGGCUUCACUCCAAAAUGUGGACGAGCUACUCGAAGAGUGGUUCGGCAAUCAGUCGCAGCGUCCUUCUCGCUCUUCCCGCAGGAGCUCUAGUAGAAAGGCGUCUAGUCCUACUGAGGUAUUUUCAAGUCCUACUCGACGUAGUUUGAGGAUUGCAGAACAACAAGAAUGA